CCUAGCCGCGUCAGGGCCUGGAGGCUCCCCCACCGUACACACACCCCUUCUCCUGCUCUCUCCUCUCCUCUUUCCCCUCCCCCCGCCACUCUUCCUCUGGUUCGAAGUGUGUUUUUGUCUGCACGUGAGCCUUUGCAGGAGGAGGAGAAGGAAAAAUCAGAAUAGGGACUCCCGGAACGUGUAAAGCCCGUGUCAAGGGUGCUUGGACAGCAGCUGCUCUUGCAUCUCCCAGACAGGCUGGGUGUCCUGCCUGCCGGUGCCAGUGCCGGUGCCUUCACGCGAGCUCCUUACCAGGUUGCAAGCUGACGGGGGGGUUUACCUCUCUUCUGACCCGCCCCCCCCAAGCUGUCGGGAAUAGAGGUGGCUGUGGUGCACUCUGGAUGGCAGCCAGUGUCUGUGUGAGAGACCGUUAGUGGGGACAUGGGAUGUGGUAGCAUUGGAGAGAGAGGAGCAGCUCCUUGCAGAGAGCGCGCGCGGCCACCGGUCCGAGAGAGGGAGAGGAAGGGCCAGGCCUGAAUCCUAGCAAACCACGGAUUCAGAGCAAUGGAUGCUGUCUGUUAGGCCGAGGGCCUGCUGGAUCGGGAUUUAAGGGGAUGCCGCUGCCUGUGGAUAAUUGGGUUAAAAUCUGAAGUUGCCCUGCUCCUCGGGAAGUGAGAAGCAAAAAGAUGACGGAGGGGCGCCGGUGUCAAGUCCAUCUUCUUGAUGACAGAAAGCUGGAACUACUAGUACAGCCCAAGCUUUUGGCCAAGGAACUGCUUGAUCUAGUGGCAUCUCACUUCAAUCUGAAGGAAAAGGAAUACUUUGGAAUAGCGUUCACAGAUGAGACGGGACAUUUAAACUGGCUUCAGCUAGAUCGCAGAGUGUUGGAACAUGACUUUCCCAAAAAGUCAGGACCUGUGGUUUUAUACUUUUGUGUCAGGUUCUAUAUUGAAAGCAUUUCAUACCUAAAGGAUAAUGCCACCAUUGAGCUAUUCUUCUUGAAUGCAAAAUCCUGUAUCUACAAGGAACUUAUUGAGGUUGACAGUGAAGUGGUAUUUGAAUUAGCUUCCUAUAUUUUACAGGAGGCAAAGGGAGAUUUUUCCAGUAAUGAAAUUGUAAGGAGCGAUUUGAAGAAGCUGCCAGCACUUCCCACCCAAGCACUGAAGGAGCAUCCAUCUCUGGCUUACUGUGAGGACAGAGUAAUAGAACACUACAAGAAGCUGAACGGUCAAACCCGAGGCCAAGCAAUUGUAAACUAUAUGAGCAUCGUAGAGUCUCUCCCUACCUAUGGAGUACAUUAUUAUGCAGUGAAGGAUAAGCAGGGAAUUCCAUGGUGGUUAGGACUCAGCUACAAAGGAAUUUUCCAAUAUGACUAUCAUGAUAAAGUGAAGCCAAGGAAGAUAUUCCAAUGGAGACAGUUAGAGAAUCUGUACUUCAGAGAGAAGAAGUUUUCAGUGGAAGUUCAUGACCCACGCAGGGCCUCGGUGACUAGGAGGACGUUUGGUCACAGUGGCAUUGCAGUGCAUACGUGGUAUGCAUGUCCAGCAUUAAUCAAGUCCAUAUGGGCUAUGGCCAUUAGCCAACACCAAUUCUACCUGGACAGAAAGCAGAGUAAGUCCAAAAUCCAUGCUGCAAGAAGCCUGAGCGAGAUUGCUAUUGACCUGACCGAGACAGGAACACUGAAGACUUCAAAGUUAGCCAACAUGGGUAGCAAAGGGAAAAUUAUCAGCGGCAGCAGUGGGAGUCUCCUUUCAUCAGGUUCCCAGGAGUCAGAUAGCUCUCAGUCUGCCAAGAAGGACAUGCUGGCUGCACUGAAAUCUAGGCAGGAAGCUCUGGAGGAGACACUCCGCCAGCGACUGGAGGAACUGAAGAAACUGUGUCUUCGAGAAGCGGAGCUUACAGGGAAACUACCAAGAGAAUAUCCCUUGGAUCCAGGAGAGGAACCACCCAUUGUUCGGAGAAGAAUAGGAACUUCCUUCAAACUGGAUGAACAGAAAAUACUGCCCAAAGGAGAGGAAGCUGAGUUGGAGCGCCUGGAACGGGAGUUUGCCAUCCAAUCCCAGAUUACAGAAGCCGCUCGCCGCCUAGCCAGUGACCCCAAUGUCAGCAAGAAGCUGAAGAAACAAAGGAAAACCUCUUACCUUAAUGCACUGAAGAAGCUGCAAGAAAUUGAAAAUGCAAUCAAUGACAACCGCAUCAAGUCUGGGAAGAAACCCACCCAGAGGGCUUCACUGAUAAUAGAUGAUGGAAAUAUUGCCAGUGAAGACAGCUCCCUCUCUGAUGCUCUUGUCCUUGAGGAUGAAGAUUCUCAGGUUACCAGCACAAUUUCCCCUUUACAGUCCCCUCACAAAGGGCUCCCCCCUCGACCACCAUCGCACAACCGACCCCCUCCUCCCCAGUCCCUGGAGGGACUAAGGCAGAUGCACUAUCACCGGAAUGACUAUGAUAAGUCACCCAUAAAGCCCAAAAUGUGGAGUGAGUCUUCUCUGGAUGAACCUUAUGAGAAGGUGAAGAAGCGCUCUUCCCACAGUCAUUCCAGUAGCCACAAGAGGUUCCCCAGCACAGGUAGCUGUACAGAAGCUGGAGGAAGCAACUCUCUGCAAAACAGUCCCAUCCGAGGUCUCCCUCACUGGAACUCCCAGUCCAGCAUGCCAUCUACACCAGAUCUACGGGUCCGAAGCCCUCACUACGUCCAUUCCACUAGGUCAGUUGACAUCAGCCCGACAAGACUGCACAGCUUAGCACUGCACUUUAGGCACCGGAGUUCCAGCUUGGAAUCACAGGGCAAGCUCCUGGGGUCAGAGAAUGACACUGGUAGCCCUGACUUCUACACCCCAAGGACUCGUAGCAGCAACGGCUCUGAUCCCAUGGAUGACUGUUCCUCUUGUACCAGUCACUCAAGCUCUGAACACUACUAUCCAGCUCAGAUGAACCCCAACUACUCCACCCUCGCUGAAGACUCCCCUUCAAAGGCGAGGGAGAGGCAGCGGCAACGACAUAAAUCAGCUGGGAACCUGGUCUCUUCCAACUCGGGGAGCAUGCCCAACUUGGCGGCCCGGAAUGGCGCAGGCCACCAUGGAGUCUACCUCCACAGCCAGAGCCAGCCUUCCUCUCAGUACCGCAUCAAGGAGUACCCACUGUACAUUGAGGGAAGCUCCACCCCUGUGGUAGUGCGCAGCCUGGAGAAUGACCAGGAGGGACACUAUAGCGUAAAAGCACAAUUUAAAACAUCCAACUCCUACACUGCAGGAGGCAUGUUCAAAGAAAGCUGGCACGGGGAUGAGGGGGACUCAGUCCGGCUAACCCCUUCCCGUUCCCAGAUCAUACGGACUCCAUCCCUCGGCCGGGAGAGCCACCAUGAGAAAAGCUCAGGCCGGACGGUCGUGUCGGAUGAGCUCCGGCUGUGGUACCAGCGCUCGACUGCCUCCCACAAGGAGCACAGCCGUCUGUCGCACACCAGCUCCACCUCAUCAGAUAGCGGCUCCCAGUAUAGUACAUCAUCUCAGAGUACCUUUGUGGCUCACAGCAGGGUAACGAGAAUGCCUCAGAUGUGCAAAGCCACAUCAGCUGCCUUACCUCACAGCCAGAGAAGCUCAACACCUUCCAGUGAAAUCGGAGCUACUCCCCCAAGCAGUCCACACCACAUCCUAACCUGGCAAUCUGGGAGUUACAAUGAUAGCUGUUUCCUGGAUUCUCCCCUCUAUCCAGAACUAGCUGAUGUCCAGUGGUAUGGACAGGACAAAGCCAAGCCCGGGACUCUGGUGUGAAUGAGCUGGGCCUCAAUCUCUCAAUGCCAUUCUGAGAUCACCUCACUGCCUCUCAUUUGCCUUACCCAGACACACGGUCACCCUGCACCAGCUUCAGCUCUUAGCACUUUUUUCCUCCCUUCUCCUCAUCCCCUCACCCUCAAAACCUGACUGAGGAGACAUUUUGGAAGGUUCCGAUCCCACUGUGUGUCCUAUGGCUCUCUUGUCCACAGAGAGCCAAAUGCAAAUCCUUAGAAGCAUCCCUGGUGGCUGCCUCCAGCCCUCCAGCCACAGAAUCCCCCAGGCCAGGGACAAUCAAGAGAUGGCAUCGAGGCCCAUGUCACUAAAGGAUAUGGGGGUAGGGGGGCUGACAGAGGGACAACCCUGGAGACAGAAAUAAAGGCAGUGCAACCCUUCUGUGACCCAGAAAGAAUGUGUCCAUCCUGCCAUCUCUAGGCCAACCAAGCACUUCCAGAAGAGGAUGUCUGAUGUGGGACGUUCACAGUUUACACCUGAAGUAUUUUUUUUUAACACAACAGUUUGGGGGGAAUUAAAAAGUAAGCCUGUCACUUCAGAGCUACAUCAGAGGAUCACAAUCAGUUCUAUGCUGCCAAAGAAUAAAAUAAAAAUAACCAACAAAAAAGAAA